AUGUACAGCUUCAUGGGCGGCGGCCUCUUCUGCGCCUGGGUGGGGACUAUCCUCUUGGUGGUGGCCACGGUGACUGACCACUGGAUGCAGUACCGGCUGUCGGGGUCCUUUGCCCACCAGGGCCUGUGGCGGUAUUGCCUGGGCAACAAGUGCUACCUGCAGUCGGAGAGCGUGGGUAAGGCUCUGGGCGGGCGGGGUCUGGGCUGUGCCUGGGGCAGAGGCCACAGGGCAGAACCUUAUAGGCCAAGGGUGGGCUGCCCAUCCCGCAGAUGGAGAAACCAGUGGCUCAGAGAAGGAAAGGGUGCUCCCACAGCGUACUGGAAUGCCACCCGGGCCUUCAUGAUCCUGUCCUCCCUGUGUGCCACCUCUGGCAUCAUCAUGGGCAUCCUGGCCUUCGCUCAGCAGCCCACCUUCACCCGCCUCUCCCGGCCUUUUUCCACCGGCAUCAUGUUUUUCGCCUCCGCUAUUUUUGUCCUGCUGGCCUUGGCCAUUUACACCGGAGUCACCGUCAGCUUCUUCGGCCGCCGUUUCGGGGACUGGCGCUUUUCCUGGUCUUACAUCCUGGGCUGGGUGGCCCUGCUCAUGACCUUCUUUGCAGGAAUUUUCUACAUGUGUGCCUACCGGAUGAAUGAAUGUCGGCGCCAGUCCACUCCCCGCUGAGCCCAGGGGUAUCCACCAACUUCAUUGGGAAGUUAAAAUGAGGUCGCUGAGGAGGAGGGGGAGGGUCUAGAGGCCUGAAAUCCUGGUUCCUGGGGGUAUGAGGGGGCUCGGUCCUGGACUCUGGGUGGGGGCCCCUAACCCCUGGGUCCCACGUGGAAGGAGAAAGAAUGGGGUCUGGUGGGAGGGACCUGAGAAGACUCAAGGCUCCACCCCCAGGGAGAUGGGGU